AUGCCAGGAGAACGAUUGAUGGAGAGCGGUUCUGAUGUGGGCCGUUUCCAUGGCAAUGCCCUGACCAUAGUGGAGGCAACCAACCAGGAGGAGGCGGAGUCUAAGGAGCAGGGGGGCUUUCUCCAGGGUGUUCAGAAGAUAUGCUGCUGCUGGCCACGCCAGAGCAGCUUGUACGAUACAGUUGUCACGGACGAAGUGGAGAAACAGGCCCCGCUUCCUGAGCCCCCUCAGCCCCACACUGGAGACAAUCAGCUGGAAGAGUUGAUGUUGUCAGUGCACUCGGUGGAUCUACUGAGCUCUAAAACGGGUCAGAACCGCAUGGAGCAUCACACCGACUGUUACCAUGGCAACGCACUCAUCAUCCGACGUGGCCAGACCUUCCAGAUAGAACUGGACCUGUCGCGACCUUUUAACUCCAACACAGACAAACUCCACCUGGACCUCAGGACAGGACCCCUCCCCAUGGUGUCAAAGAACACGCACGUCAUCAUUCAAUUGGUGGAAGAGCUGGAGGACGACCGCUGGGAGGCCAAGAUAGUGGAGCGGAACGGCAACAGGAUCAAGCUGUCCGUCAACUCGCACGCCAAAGCUGUGAUUGGCAAGUACAAGCUCACCGUGACGGUGGAGUCUCCGAAGGGCGGGUCUGCAACCACACGCGACCCCAGGAAAGACAUCGUCAUGCUGUUCAACCCCUGGUGUGAAGAUGACACAGUGUACAUGGAUGAUGAGGAGGAGAAGAAGGAGUAUGUGCUGAAUGACACAGGAAGACUCUACUACGGCACAGAGAAACAGAUUGGAGAUCGCACAUGGAACUACGGACAAUUCCUUGAGGGGAUGCUGGAGGCCUGUCUCUAUGUGCUGGAGAAGAGUGAGAUCCCUCCGCCUGGUAGAGGGGACCCUGUCAACGUGGUCAGAGUCAUAUCUGCCAUGAUCAACUCCCAAGAUGACAAUGGGGUCCUGGCUGGGAAUUGGUCAGGGAACUAUGUAGGAGGAGUUUCCCCUACAGCCUGGAAUGGCAGUGUGGAGAUCCUGAGGAAAUACCACAAGGAGGGAGGCCUGCCUGUCAAAUAUGGACAGUGCUGGGUCUUCUCUGGGGUCACCACCACAGUGCUCAGGUGCUUGGGUAUACCGUGCCGUAGUGUAACAAACUUCCAGUCGGCCCACGACACAGACGUCUCACUCACCACAGACAUGUAUUUUGACGAGAAAAUGGAGCCGUUCGACGAACUCAACACUGACUCUGUUUGGAAUUUCCAUGUAUGGAACGACUGUUGGAUGGCCAGGCCAGACCUUCCUCCUGGUAACGGCGGCUGGCAGGCAUUAGACGCCACCCCGCAGGAGACCAGCCAGGGGACCUUCCGCUGUGGCCCUGCUUCUGUCACCGCCAUCCGCACCGGCCAGGUCUACCUCAAAUACGACACACCUUUCAUCUUUGCUGAGGUGAACAGUGAUAAGAUCUACUGGCAGAGGAACCUGGAUGGUAUCUUCACUCAGAUCCAAUGUGAAAAGAAGGCCGUGGGCCACUGCAUCAGCACCAAGGCUGUGGGCUCUGACAAACGCGAUGACAUCACACACCUGUACAAACACACCGAAGGAUCAGAGGAGGAACGUAUCGCCGUGGAGACAGCCAGUCGUUAUGGCACCAAGCCUGACGUGUACUCUACAUCCAUGGCGGAGGACGUGAGCUUGGAGGUGAAGUUGGAGGGAGAGGGGCCUCGUAUGGGGGCUGACGCCCAGCUGACCAUCGUGAUAACCAAUUUCAGCUCCCAGACCCGCAAGACAACGCUACACAUCCAGGUGGCAGUCAUGUACUACACCGGGGUGCUGAAGGGCACCGUCAAGAAGGACAAGAUGCCUGUGGCGCUCAAGCCCAAUGAAGUGAAGGCCAUGCAGUGGGUCCUGCCCUACCACAGCUACCAGGACCAGCUGGUGGACCAGGCUGCUCUAAUGCUGACUCUGUCUGGACGGGUCAGCGAGACCCAACAGGUCCUGGCCACUCAGACCAGCUUCAGGCUACGCACACCUGACCUCAGCAUCGAGGCUGUAGGGGAGGCGGUGGUAGGCAAGAAGAUGACAGCCAAGAUCACGUUCACCAACCCUCUGCCACGUACACUGAGGGGCGUGGUGCUCAGGGUGGAGGGACUGGGCCUGCAGGAGGUCAAAGAGGUGGUUGUGGGUGAUGUUGGGAGCCACUCUACGGUGACUCGGACAGAACACUUCAUACCCACCCAGGCUGGACACAGGAAGCUGGUAGCAGCUCUGGACUGUAAACAGCUGACACAGGUGCACGGGGUUGCUGACAUCAUUGUCCAGGACCAAUGAGAGGGAGCCUUCAACUGCUCUCUCCUGUCCACUUAUCUGGUGUUUCAUUCAAGUCUCCAAAAAGAGAAUGGGAAGCUUUUUAUUCAGUUUUCCCAUGAUUUGAGUGUAAUAUAUAUUUUUUUCAUGCUGACAUGUAAUUAUGGAAAUACCCUGAUCGUUGGAUGAAGUUGUACACUAAAUUGUUUUUACCCGUGUUAAUGUUUUUAAUACUCACGUCAUAUUUUUCCAAAUCAAUCAAGUUUAUUUGUCACAUGCUUCGUAAACAACAGGUGUAGACUAGCAGUGAAAUGCUUUCUGACGGGCCCUUCCCAACAAUGCAGAGAGAGAAGAAGGAUCAAUAGAAGAAGAAGAAUUCGAGGAAUAAAUACACAAGGAGUAACGAUAACCUGGCUAUGUACACGAGGUGCCAAGUCAAUGUGCUGGGGUAGGAGGUAAUUGAGGUAGAUACAAUAGGUAGGGAUAAAGUGACUAGGCAACAGGAUAGAUAAUAAACAGCAGUAGCCUAAGUGAUGAUUAAAAGAGUUAGUGCAAAAAGGGUCAAUGCACAUAGUUAAAUAGUUAACCAAUAGCUACUCGGACAAACUAUUUUGCGGUCUUAUGGCUUGGGGGUAGAAGUUGUUCAGAGUCCUGUUGGUCCCAGACUUGGUGCUUCGGUACCACUUGCCGUGUGGUAUCAGAACAAACGUUCUAUUAUUUGGGAGGCUGGCUGGCCUUUCUCUGACACCGCCUGGUAAGCUCGGCCCCAGUGAUGUACUGGGCCAUACGCACUACCCUCUGUAGGGCCUUGCGGUCAAAUUCCAAGCAGUUGACAAACCAAGUGGUGAUGCAGCCAGUCAAGAUGCUCUCAAUGGCGCAGCUAUAUACCUUUUUGAGGAUCUGAAGGCCCAUGCAUAAUCUUUUUAGCAAUAGAGGGGGAAGAGGCAUUGUCGUGCCUUCUUCAGGACUGUGUUGGUGUGUGUGGACCAUGAUAAUGCCUUAUUGAUGUGGACACAGAUUCUUGAAGCUCUAGGCUCCGUCCACUGCAGCCAUGUGGAUGGGGGGCGUGCUCGGCCCUCCUUUUCCUGAAGUCCGCGAUCAGCUUCUUUGUCUUGCUGAUAUUGACAUCGAGGUUGUUGUCCUGGCACCACACUGCCAGGUCACUGACUUCCAGAUAGGCUGUC